AUGGCACGGGUGCUAUUUCCUGUAGAAGCCAAAUUCUCUAUGCAGAUAGCAGAAGCAGAUUCAACAGCACAAUUUUUUGGGCUUUAUCAUCAAAAAGCUCUUGCAAAAGGUCAGUGCUUCUUCUCCAAUUGCUCGAAAGUUCUUGAUGAGCUUUUAGUAGAUGAAAAGGUCAGUACUCUCUUAUUGGACAACGGAACUCCAGAGGAAUGGAGGAUGAAAAGAAAGCGCUACACGGAACUCAAGGACGACUUGAUGAAGGAGUUUGACAAGGUCAUGUCUGCCAAAAAAUGGAACCACUAA